GCUUACUUUAGCGAACUAUCGCAAGAAAUCAAAGCAUCCACAUUGUGGAAAACUUAUUCAAUGUUGAGGUCUACGUUAGUUUUGAACAAUAAUGUAGAUAUAAGCAGCUACGCUAAGUUGCAGGCCUUUUUAAAAAGGCAAUCGAGCGGCUAUCUCCCCAAAAAGUCAAAAAUUCUAACAACAACCGAAGUAAAAACGUUUAUUGAAAAAGCCCCUGACUCUUUAUAUCUAGCAACAAAGGUUGCUCUUAUAGUUGGCAUUAGUGGUGCUUGCCGGAAGCACGAAUUGUGGAACUUAAAAAUUGAUCAUAUACAAGAUUUAGGUGGAGCAGUUGUAAUUAGGGUACCCGAUACAAAAACUAAUGUUCAACGCAAGUUCACAAUUACGGGGGAAUUUUACGAAGUAUUUAAAAAAUAUUACAGCUUAAGACCUUCAAAUGUCGAAAGCCGAAGUUUUUUUUUGAAUUACCAAAAAGGACGUUGCACACGACAAGUGAUAGGUAUGAAUAAAUUUGGCGGUAUGCCUAAAGACGUGGCGACCUACCUGCAACUGCCAGAUCCUGAAAAGUAUACUGGGCAUUGCUUCCGCAGAACCUCUGCAACAAUGCUUGUGGAUUCGGGUGCAGAUGUUACUAUGUUAAAAAGACAUGGCGGUUGGAAGUCCACCGAGGUGGCCGAGAGUUACAUUGACGAUUCAGAAAAUAACAGAAUCGCAAUAGCCAACAAAAUUAUGAAUGCUGUGAUCGAACCAGUUCCGGGACCGUCAACUAGCCAUUCAGUACAGUCGGUUAUAAGUCAAAAUACAUCGGCUUCUAAUGCGCCCACAUUCAAUUUUACAAAUUGCACCAAUACUAUUACUAUUAACAUUAUUAAUAAGCAAGAUUAA